UCAAGAAUCUAAACCCGAAACUGUGGGAAAGAAAAUCCCAUUUCAUCGCGAUGGACUACACAGAUUGAAUUUUGUCUUUAAAUGGACUUAAAUUUCUCGUUUUGAAGAGCGCCGUCGGAAAGUAACAAGUUUUUUGUGCCAAGAAGCGGGGAGGAGAUGACACCCAGCCCUUUGUUCCUGCUCCUCAUUCUGUCGCUUACAAACAGCAGAGCAGAAAAUGCUGAGGAGCGGCUGGUGAACCACCUGUUUGGACCGGAGCGCUACAACAAGCUGAUCAGACCUGCGGUGAAUAAAAGCCAACAGGUCACCAUCUCCAUACAGGUUUCCCUGUCACAGCUCAUCAGUGUUAAUGAAAGGGAGCAGAUAAUGACCACCAAUGUGUGGCUGUUUCAGGAAUGGAAUGACUACAGACUGAGAUGGGACCCGGAAAAAUAUGAAGGCAUCAAAAAACUGCGAAUACCUUCCAAACUGAUCUGGCUUCCUGACAUAGUGCUUUACAACAAUGCCGACGGAGUGUAUGAAGUUUCCUUCUACUGCAACGCUGUGGUCUCCAACACGGGCGACAUCUUCUGGCUCCCCCCAGCCAUCUACAAGUCCGCCUGCUCCAUCGAGGUGCAGAACUUUCCCUUCGAUCAACAGAACUGCACGCUCAAGUUUCGCUCCUGGACGUACGACCACACAGAGGUGGACCUCAUCCUCACCAGCGAUUUCGCCAGCCGGGACGACUUCACGCCGAGCGGGGAGUGGGACAUCGUCUCGCUCCCGGCACGCAAAAACGAGGACCCCAGCGACAUCACGUACCUCGACAUCACUUACGAUUUCGUCAUCAAGAGGAAGCCUCUGUUUUACACCAUCAAUCUGAUCAUCCCGUGCGUGUUGAUCACGUCGUUGGCCAUCCUGGUGUUCUAUUUGCCUUCGGACUGCAGGGAGAAGAUGACGCUGUGCAUCUCGGUGCUGCUGGCCCUCACCGUGUUCCUGCUCCUGAUAUCAAAGAUCGUGCCACCCACCUCUCUGGCAGUGCCGCUCAUAGGUAAAUACUUGAUGUUCACCAUGGUUCUGGUCACAUUCUCCACUGUCAGUACGGCCUGUGUCCUCAAUGUGCAUCACCGCUCCCCGUCUACUCACUACAUGCCAGACUGGGUCAAGCAACUGUUCUUGGUUCGCCUUGCAACCUUCCUCCUCAUGAGACGCCCGGGUUCCUCCAAUGUCCACAGUAAACUCCACAAAAGGCUCACCAGCAGGAACCCCGUCAGUAAAAGCAGCUUCCACAGCGCCGCAGGCAGGAGGCAGCACACCGACGGCAGACUGGGAGGAAUCCCCACAGACUGCAACUCUUUCUACGUUAAUGAGGAUUCGGCGUACAACUGCUGUUGGAUGAUGGGCGACGCCCGAGACUCCCCCGACUUUGGGAGGCCGACAGCCGAUGCGGAGCUGGAAGAAGCAGUGGAUGGAGUGAAAUAUAUCGCUGAAAACAUGAAGAUGGAAGACAGCAAUGAAGGGAUCAUCGAGGACUGGAAGUACGUUGCAAUGGUGAUAGAUCGCCUCUUUCUCUGGAUCUUCAUCCUGGUGUGUGUGGCGGGAACUCUGGGACUCUUCAUGCAGCCUCUCUUCCAGAGCUACAACACGCCGACAGCUGAUGACACAGAAUAUGGAGAUUUCUAGGAUUUCUGUGGCACCAAAGAGGAAACAGUCGAAUCGGCAUCAAAAGAAGAAAAGAAGCUGAACACUUGUCAAACGUAAUUCGGCUGCUGGUCAGAUCUGAAGCGCAUUCAGCCUGAUCGGGGCAGCCUGCUGCACUUGUUGCAUUCGCAACGUUGGACUUUAAAUGUGAACCAGUGUUUGUGCAAAGAUUGAAGCUUGAUCACACGUCCAAGAGGAAGGGCAGAUUUUACAACUGAUGAAUUGGCCAGAAAUGACUACUUUCCGACAGAUUUUCAUACUUUUGAACCACUGCGAAAGUUUGGACUGGGUUCAAGUCAAAGACAGACUGGUAUAUUCACACUGUGGCACUUGUGAAGUCAUCUGCCAUUUGCUACGUUGCGCAUAUAGAAACUCUCUGAACAUGUAAGCCUGUUGUUCACGGUGAGAUGAUGCAGUGGAUAAUUAUUUCUCUUCUGCCCAUUCAAACCAAUAUUUAAUGACAAACAACUGGAACAUUGUGUCUUUUUCACCUUUCUUUUUUAUUAUAAAACUGUUAUUCCACCAUUCCCGUAGAGAGAUCUUCAUUUCCAUCGUCUGUCCUACUUUGGAUGUUACUUGUUCUGCUACUGGUCUCCGUCUCUGCGUUUUUCUUCUCUACUUAGUUUUUUUUGUCUGUCUGUCAUUUUGUGACAUGUUAAGUCAAAAAGCCUGUCAGACAAUCUCAGAGUCGACUCACAAAAACUUCCCCCGAAAGACUACAUGACAAAAAGUGAUGUAAAAGCAGUGAAAGAGUGAUUGGCUGCAGCCACCGUACCCACAGAGUAACACGUUGGAAGCUGAUUUGUGAUUUGAGGCUACUUUCUUAAGAUUGAUCCACAGAAAUUAUUUGACGUGUGUGCGGCACAUUUUUGUAACAAGUUGGUUGUGCAGGAUGUAGGACACAUUACAGACAGAAGAAGUUUUGAAAGGGUCUUGUCUAUUCCUUUUGUUUUUUUACCUUUUGGAUUUAAACAGAGGGUAGUAGAUACACUUUUUGGAACGAUGCAAAUGUACACAAUGCGAUGUUGCACGUGUAAAAUAUGAUGAUUGGAUUUUAAAAGAUUUUUCACUCUGUGUUCUAAUACAAUAUGUUGAAUAAUAAAAAAAUCAGUGUUGAAUCUCUACAAUGACGUGCUGACAAAAUGUUUUUACUUUAUUUCAGUUGUUCAAAGUGUUCCAUGUAUAAUACACAAGCAUGACAGAUUUUCAUUUGACAAGAUUUAUGAUUAAUCACAAGCCCUCUUUGUGAACAAAACUCCACCCUGACAUGCUAUGUCACGUGCAAAGUUUUUUAAUCUUUGCAUCACAGAGCAGGUUUCAUGUCUGCCAACACUUCUUUGGUGUUAAAUAUUGAUAGCAGAGUAAAUGUGGAAGAGCUGCUGUCACAUUAAGAGCCUGGGGGUGAGAAAUAAGGGCACAUUAUGUCAUAAUGUAAUUUCUGCAGACUCUGUAAGUAUGAGUUGUGACAAGGUGACAUUAAACGAUGUGCUCAGGGCUCAGGUGGGCUGACAAGGUUGACAAAAAAGUGGCUAAAGUAAAUUCCCACAUUGGAAAAUUGAACAUAGCGACCAAAAUGAAGGCAUAUGGUGUGCUGCCUUUAACAUUCCCGCAGUUGUUUUGUGCAGGUUUUGAUUGAAAACGUCAGCAUCAGUCAGCGUGUGUGUGAAGGUUUAUGAAUGUGCCCAUGGCUGCUUUCUUCCUGCAGAUGUUGAAAUGCUUCAUGGGUUUGUCCUGCUCGGUCUUUAGGUUCAGAAAGUGUGUUAAUGGCUGAGGUGGUGAGUUGGAA